CCCGGGCUCCUCCCUCCAGCUCUCUGACUUCCGAGGAGAGGAGAGGCCACGGGGAGCAUCAUGGCUGCCCCACCUUAGCCUGUGUGCCCUCAACAUAGGUGUUCACAGAGGCCCCUUCGGGCGUUUGAUCCUGUCGUCUGUCUCUACUCUGCCUUGGCUCAGCCCUGACCAGGGGACACUGGGGAGCCUCAGAGGGCUCCCGCCCGCCUUGGCUGUAUUGACCGCUGGCCGACCUGCCGGCUCGCUUUCAGGAGAAUCAAGCACCACCCGGCUUCUUCUCUGUGGCAAGCUCAGAGCUGAAGCGUUGCAGCAUGGCGCGCGGCUGCCUCCAGGGCGUCAAGUUCCUCAUGUUCGCCUUCAACCUGCUCUUCUGGCUGGGGGGCUGCGGCAUCCUCGGGGUUGGCAUCUGGCUGGCUGCCACGCAGGGGAACUUUGCUACCCUGUCCUCCUCCUUCCCGUCCCUGUCGGCUGCCAACCUGCUCAUCGUGACCGGCACCUUCGUCAUGGCCAUCGGCUUCGUGGGCUGCAUCGGGGCCAUCAAGGAGAACAAGUGCCUGCUGCUCACCUUCUUUGUGCUGCUGCUGCUGGUGUUCCUGCUGGAGGCCACCAUCACCAUCCUCUUCUUCGCCUACACUGACAAGAUUGACAGGUACGCCCAGCGAGACCUUAAGAAGGGUCUGCACCUGUAUGGCACCCCAGGAAACGUGGGCCUCACUAAUGCCUGGAGCAUCAUCCAGACCGAUUUCCGCUGCUGUGGGGUCUCCAACUACACCGACUGGUUCGAGGUCUAUAAUGCCACCCGUGUGCCCGACUCCUGCUGCCUGGAGUUCAGUGACAGCUGUGGACUCCACGCACCUGGCACCUGGUGGAAGGCGCCGUGUUACGAGACCGUGAAGAUGUGGCUCCAGGAGAACCUCCUGGCUGUGGGUAUCUUCGGGCUGUGCACGGCACUGGUACAGAUCCUGGGUCUGACCUUCGCCAUGACCAUGUACUGCCAGGUGGUGAAGGCUGAUACCUACUGUGCGUAGGCUCCGCUCCUGCCACCCCCGCCCCCCACCUCGCUGCCGAAGGAUGUAGCCCACCUGCCUCUCCCUGCUGCAG